AUGGAUUCCUUUCUGGAUUAUUGGUUGAUCAACCGUAGGAUGAGUCGGUGCGGCCGAAUUGCGAAGAAUAGAGACUGGGCACCGGUGGAGUCUCUUAUCUCCAGUUUGUAUCGUCUCAAGCAGUUUGAUUUCAUCACAGGAAACGAGUUCACCCGUGGUUUGGAGCAGGCACUUUCUCGCCAUCACCCAAAUUGCAUCAUUAACCUUGGCACUGAAGGACAAAUGGUUGGCUUGAGUGUGCUCAAUGGAAAAAUCCGAGAAGAAUUAAACCCUGACAAAGAGGUUUGGCAAAAUUACGAAUUCACCGUUCAGACUCUUCAACGACCAUGUCUCGGCAUUCUCACCGUUCCUCUAAUCAGAAAUCUUAACCGAUCCGCCAGCGAGGAAGAUCUUGACGAAAUGCUCUAUUUUCUGGUGACCGCCACAGGACUAAAGCAUCUUGUCUUAGAAGGUCAGGCCGCUGUUCAGACAUGGAAAAUGACUCGGUUAAAAGAAGAAUGGCAAAGACUGAUCGAUACUCGUACGCCCACGAAAGUAUCUCAGCUAGAAUCAAUUUCGCUCCUGGAUUUGGAGCAAAGCGAAACCAUCCUGUUCAAGCUGGUGGGGGCUGGUCAUCUUUCAAACCUGCGAUCACUCAGCAUUGGGGGUAUCUGGAACCCACAUAAGCUGAUCAAAAUUGCCGGACUCUUUCCCAAUCUCGAGCGACUUUUCAUGCAGGUGAAUCGACCCUGGACAAAUUUUGACCUAGAUCACGACAAUGUGAUCCAAGCCAUACGAGCAUUCCGGCCUUUGAAUAUCUUGCGCUGGGCGGUCUUCGCCGCGUCGACAACCUCUACCGAAUUCUCGCCAUCCAUGGCCCGUCUUUGA